CCAUCUAAGAAAAAAGAAUACAUUGUUUAAUAAUUAAUGGUAGUGGGACGCGGCGGUCAGGAAACGCAAGCAAGAAACCACUAAUUUUUAUAUAGUAGGAAAAAGGAGACAAGAUUCCACAAAAACCAGAUAUAGUGCAGACCAAGAAAGAGCCACGCAUCCCAUCCCAUCUCUCUUUCUUUUUUUUUUUUUUUUUUUUCACUUAUUCACAAUACCAAUGGCUUCUUGGUAACUGCACAAAACCCCACUCUUCUCUUUCUUUUCUUUUCUUUUCUUUUCUUUUCUUUGUUCCAAUCCAUUCUUUACUGUACAACUUUACCUUUAUCACUAUAAAUCCCAUCACACUCAGAACACUUUUCAUUUCAUUCCACAAAAAGAAAAAAGAAAAACAAGAGAGGAGAAGAGAUUGGCAAUGAGGCCUGUAAGCAACUCUACAACAACUGCUGGAUUUUGGCAUUGGAGCUCUCCUAUGCCUUACUUGUUUGGUGGGUUAGCACUGAUGUUGGGUGUUAUUGCUGUGGCUUUGAUAAUUCUGGCAUGCUCUUACAGGAAGUCUUUGUCUGAUGAAUCAAGAGGAGAUGGUCAUGAAGAGAAACCAGGUGCUAAGCAAGCGGAACUAACGGUGGAUUCUGAUGAGCCAAAGAUUGUUGUUAUCAUGGCUGGUGAUGACAAUCCUACUUUCUUGGCUAAGCCUAAGCCUAAGCCUAGGCUUGAGCCUGCAGUUGUUGUUUGCAAUUGCCAGAAGAUUGAACAAGUUUAGGCUCGCUUUUCUUUCUUUUUGCUUCUUUAGAGCUAUUCUUUCUUUUCUUUUCUUUUUGCCUUUUCUGUUCCUUUCGGUUUUGCGGGAAUAUUAUGUAAAAUGAUGAGCAUAAAGAGGAUGUACGACAAUUUUGUAGGAGAAGAAUGCAAAUAAAAUUCCAGUGAUUUAUGAAUCAAAAUGAGAUUUUUUCA